CUAGGCCGUGAGGGAGGUUGGUGCUUCAUGGUAGGGUAUCGCGCAUGCGCGGUCUGGGGGGGUUUGGAGCUGUGGCGGCCUGCAUCCAGUUUCAGCCUUCCAAUGUUCUCAUUCUGAGUGUGGGAAGAAGAGGGCAUUUCUAAGGCCGUGUCUCCCCUAGGAAUGCAUUGCAGUUCCUCGAUGGAAAAGGUGUUAAAAACUGCCUGUGGCACUAUGGAAGCAUGGAGACAAAAUAGCUGUCUAUUGAGACCCUCAAGGAACUAUUGGGCAAAGUGAUGGAAAUGAAGAGCUUGAACCAUCGCUUCAGCAUGGCGGCAGCUGAAUCUGACAAGGACUCCGGAUAUUCAGAUGGAAGUUCAGAGUGCCCGAGUGCUAUGGAGCAGACUGACUCAGAGGAUGUCCUGAGUGCGUUGUGUUGGAACACGGAGGAUGGGCCUUGGCAAUGCCCAAUGACCACAAGCAACUCGUUUCCUGCACUUUCUCCUAUGGUUGUAAUGAAAAAUGUGUUAGUUAAGCAGGGCAGUUCAUCACAGCUCCAAUCUUGGACUGUGCAGCCAUCCUUUGAAGUGAUUCCAGCUCAACCACAACUAGUGUUUCUUCGUCCGUCAAUCCCACCUCCCAUUAACCCUCACCCUGUUGGGAAAAAGAGAAAUGACUCCACUAAUUACCUGCCCAUCCUGAAUUCUUAUCCCAAAAUAGCACCACAGCCCUGCAAGAGGGAUCACUCCUUUGAUCCAGAAGAACGUCAGGAAACAAAUUGCCAUAAACGACUCUGCACAGAAGGACCCAAAAUGGAGACUUCUCCUGCACUGAGGGGCACAGGCUUGCCUACUAGUCCUUUUGCCCAUCUACCAGUUAGCUUUAAGACCCCUCAGGAUUCUAACCAGCAAAGUUCUUCAACUCUGGUGACAAGUGGAAAACUGUCAGCUCUUCCUGGUUUUCAUCGUAUUUCCAGUGACACUCAGAAAGUGCCAGGUUUGACUCCCCUUUUGCCUUUUGGAACUCUGCAGGCAACAAAGUGCACCCCUCAUGAGAGUGAGAGUGCAGCGCAGACUACGAUGCAGUCUGCAGUGUGGAGCCCCCCAUUGAUACCAGAAGAGAUUUGCACUACCCCUGAGCUGCUCCUGCAACAACAAAGCAAGUGCAGACGCUUUCAGAAUACACUCGUUGUGCUACGCAGGUCGGGAUUGCUGGAGAUCACUCUAAAAACCAAGGAGCUCAUUCAUCAGAAUCAGAUGACUCAGGCCGAGCUGGACCGGCUGAAGCACCAAACACAGCUUUUCAUAGAGGCAAUAAAGAACAAUGCUCCACAGUCGUGGGCAGAGCUAGAAGCAUCUCUAACAGGAUCUGAUAAAGCUGAUAGCAAGCUUGAAGACUCUACUUAUCCCAACAUGUAGUGAAAAGGUACAUAGGUGUUGGUCAAGUUAUUUCUGUGCCUCCUAUUUCCUGUCUCAAGCUUUUACUUGAGCGUUUUCUGAGUCCAAGACUUGCAAAGUGGCAUGCUAUUAACAGUUUGUCUUCAGAGCCAGCUGUGGGACUGGCUCUGAAUGGGCACUUAUUACUUCAGUGUGACCUUGAACUCCAUGCUAACUCUGUGUACUUCCUUGGACUUGAGAAGCUUGGAUGUGCUCUGCUGGCAUGUUCCCAUUCUUGCAGUGAAAAGACAGUCAUUUGCAGUAUUCUGCAAGCAAGCAUCUUCCUAUUCCCAUCUUCAGAUAGUCAGUUCUGAGAAUGGGACAGCAGAACAAGCCCCAGUAUUGGGCUGUCAUUAGCUGCAAGUAGACAAAGGGAGCUGGUGCGAGGAGGGGAAACUUACUUUGGUGAAGUGAUAUCUGUAGGAUAUUGUUGUAGCAGAGAGUCUUGCUUUGGGGUUUGAACACAUUUGAAUUAGUGGAGGUCUGCUUGUGCUGAAGCAGCAUUCUAUAUUCAUUGCAGUCUUUGGUCAAAGUGAUGAGCGUCUUAGGACCCAAGUGAAAUUAUGUGUUUUGAUGAGUAUACUUUUGAUUUUGAUCUGUACAGAUGAAUGAACGAAAAUAAUGAGGCUUGUGCUGGAAGUGUUUGUUCCAAAGCCAUAUUUAUUAAUGGCUAACAAGUGUACAAGGCAAGUGGCUUUGGAUUUUCUCAGUAGUGAACAGAUUAAACAUUGUUAUUAAAGACUGCGGUGACUUUUUUUUUUAAAACAGUACAAGGAAGGUAUUAAUUCACCAGGAUUAAUUUGGCAAGACUAGUUGCAUAUUAUUUGAUAUGUCUAUCUUUAGUUUACAAGCCUAAACUCCUUUUGUUUUUCUGUGAAAUCAGAUUGCUAAGUAUGAAGAAAAAAAAAAAAAGAAAAAGGAGGGAGGUGAAAGGAAAAGAAGCAUAAUGGCCUCUGGUGAAACGAGUCCUUCUCUCAUCCCCCUUCCCUCUCUUUUUUUAUUUAGAGGAAUCAGAUUAAUGUACCCGAAGAACAGGGUGGAGGGAAAGGAGGAGGGGAAAAAAAAGAAAGUGAGAGAGAGAUGUCAGCUUGGAUAAUCUCCCUAAAAAUUUUAUCUACCUGAGUUUGAACUUAAACCAAAAAAAAACCCCAAAACAUUUUUCCUCCACAUAAAUGUAUAUCAUUCCUAGCCUGCUUGCCUUGAGAUAUAGCUAACACCACUGUGCGCAUAAGAUAUUAGGCCUUACUAGUAGAGAUCCACAGUAAUCAUGUUACAAAAACUGUUCUGUAGACAUUUAUUUCAUUCCAGUUGAUCUAGACACUUAACUACGUCACUUCCUCCAAUCUGAAGGUUUUUUUUUCAGAGGCAGUCUGUAGAGAACUAAGAAUGGCAUUGUCUAAGAACGUUAAGGAAUCUAGAUUGUUUAUGGUAUGUUCCUUUCUGCAUGACAAUGUUUUCAAAAAAUUGUGCAGUCUAGGUGACUGGUAUUUUGAUGCUUUUAUCACUUCUAUUAUCUGUUUCAGAUUAUUAAAAAAAGAAACUUGAAAGUAGAGUGGAUGUCUUGCUCAUUUGUGAUUAGAACUUCUCAUUUUCUGAAGCCUCUGGGAAUCAAUAUUGCAGAAGACUGUGGAGAAUGCUUUUGUAGUCUUCCUCAAAUAUGUGCAUUACAGAAAUUGUAAGGGGCUUCCCUCUUCUAAGGGGUUUUCCCCUUUUUAGACUGAUGAAAAGAAAUGUUGUACAUGCUUCACAAAGAGGAGAAAUAUCUGUCAUAUUUGUACUAGCCAUAGGCCUAGAGAGAAACGUCAUGGCAGGAUUUGCCCUAGUGAAGCUGUAGCAAACUAAUAGCCAUGCCUUUCAUGGUAUCCUGCCCAUCUGCUGAGGACUAGUGCAGUACAUGAGAAUUGAUUAGAAGAAAAGUGUUCAUAGACUAUGUUCUGUCAUGUAUUUUUUAAAUAUACCUGGUAUAAUCGUGCAUACUAGGAUGUCUCAUAACUCAUAGGACAGCAAUAUCAAAACUCAGCCAACAAACCCAGAAGGCAGGAAGGCAACAUAGUGCAGUGUAAUAAUGUAGGACAUGUCCAAUCUAGCUCUUUUGGAAUCAGUUGUGAUAUCUGCACUGAAUGACAUUUGGCAGGAUAGACAUCAUGGUACCUUAGUCCGUUUGUGAAAGAAUCCCAAAAAAUAUGCUUGUUUCCUCUGAGCUUCUUACAGGAAGGAGAGGAGGCAGUAGGAGGCUGUUCCAUUGAUCUGAUACCUUUAAUAGGCCUAGAGGUGAGGUGUGGGAAAAUGGAUAUCUUUCCUACUUUUCCUAAAACCCUUAUUCUACCCACCAAAUAGAGAGGAGAAUUUGAAGUUCACAAUAUACAUAUUUUUAGGUAGCAAUUGUCCUAGAAAACAAGAUGAUGGACUCAGGCUACCUGGAGAUGAAAGGAAGUCAGAAAAAAAGAAGUCCAGUCCUAGCUGUUUGAGAUAAGAAAAAGGGAGUCUACUGGUGACCUCCUCUCCAUCCUAUUUCCAUUGCUCUGAUAGAGUAAAAGGAAGGAAAAACUGGCCUUGCAAGGUAAUACCCUCUGACUUAGGGAGACUCCUGCUGAUAGAAAUAUCUCAUAAUCCACACAGUACCACAUGUAUUUUUUCCCCUGACGGCGCUUAGGAUGGUCUGAAGUGGGUGUGCCUAUAGCUGGUGGGCCUUUCAGCUGAUAUAAUUUGUAUAAAUAUGUAUCCAAUAAAUCUGUGGAUAAAGUCCAGCAGCUGGUUAGAAAUCUCCUACUGGGCAUCAGUCCAGACUUAAAUAGUAUUUGCUGAACUAGAAAAAUCUACUCUGAAACUAUUAUAUGUAAAUCUGGGGCCGCGUAGGAAACUUAUCCCUAGAUAACUGCAAAUCUUGACGCAACAUCUAUAAAAAAAGGACGUUGAAGGCCUCUAGUGAUAGUCAUCAAGUACCAUUCUUUUCAGUUUCCCUUAGCUGCCUGUAUUUCUAGAAGCCCUGAUAAACCUUUAAACAAUAAGGGCUUUCCUUUCUUGGCUGCAAUUUAAUAAAAUAGGUUAGCUUGGAACUGUGUUGAGAAAAUUAGUUGACUACAUUAGGACCAGAAUAGGUCCUGAUUCUGGGCAGGAUCUGGAAGUGGUCCAAUAGAUCUGAGCAGAAACAUUAGCCUCUCUGAUUGGAAACCUGUAAGCAAUGAACUUACAGAUUUAUUUUUUUUUUGACCUUUCAAGAAGCAAAACUUUGCAUUAACAAGUUAGCUGAAGACAGCUGUCCUAGUCUAAAAGUCCCCCCAAGAGGGCCUGCUGGGGAUUCAGUUGCUGCUGACAGCUAGCAGGUGGGGUCAGACUGACUUCUGGUUUUCUAUUAAGUUUUAAUAAAUGUUGGUAUUUUUGAUUACUUUUACUGUGUAUUUUUGAAAUUCUACUGCUCUAGUUGGAAUGUAAACAUUUUCUGUACUUUUGAAGUCUGUUGCCAGCUCUGAGUACAGUAGCCUAGGAACCCUGUUAUAGAACAUGACUUUUUUGCUAAAACUUUACAGAAACAGACUGUGAAAU